UCGUCCUGUUUCCACAAGUGGCACAAUCAUCAUUUCAUGUCUUUGCUGCAGUUUCCUCAGAUGGUGAAGGUCUCCAUGGAGAGCUCACCUUACUUCCAGCUCAUGUGCUCCAACGACGCGUACCGUGUGGUGCUGCCGGGCGCGUCUGUGCCUGUGCGCAUCCGCUUCACCCCCGACGAGAACAAGAAUUAUUCCCACAAGCUUGUCUGCAUCACUGCAAGGGAAAGGAUCGUUGUGCCCAUCCGGGCCAUUGGUGCCCCAGUUGUCCUGGACUUCCCUGCCCAGCUGGACUUCUCGGUGUGUCCAGUCAAGUACAGCACCCAGAAGACUCUUCUGGUCCACAACACUGGUAACCUGGAAGCUCAUUACCAGCUGAGCACCCAGAGUCCUUUCUCCGUGGUGCCGGCCACAGGAACUCUGGGCGCUGGUUGCACCAUGCAGGUGACAGUGGGAUUUCACCCGCUGACCAACGGUGACCAUUGCGGGUCCCUGUGCUGCAAAACAGGGGAAGAAAGUAUCCACACAAAGCUCCUUGGAGAAGCUGUAGAUGUCGAUGUCAGGUUGAGCACCAGUUCCGUGGACGUUGACAAGACUUUCAUCACCAUGACAAGACACAAAACCGUUUUCAUUGAAAACAGGAGUAACAUCCCAGUCCACUUCCAGUGGAAGGCUUUUCCUACAGAGGAAGAUGAGAAUGAAGAGAAGAAGAGGUUGGUUUGAAAUAUAGAUUUCAGUGAGAUACAUGGCCCAAAACUGAAACUGAUGUGUGGC